AUGUCUGGCAGAGGCAAAGGCGGCAAAGGUUUAGGAAAGGGCGGCGCUAAACGUCAUCGUAAGGUUCUUCGCGACAACAUUCAGGGCAUCACCAAGCCGGCUAUCCGUAGGCUUGCGCGCCGUGGUGGAGUCAAGCGUAUUUCCGGGUUGAUCUACGAAGAGACCAGAGGUGUCCUCAAGGUCUUCCUCGAGAGUGUCAUUAAAGAUACUGUUACCUACACCGAGCAUGCUCGUCGGAAGACU